AUGGAAGAAUUGUGUGUGAAUCCUGUUGUACACAACAUACAAAUUACUUAUUGUAUGCCACAUGAAGUCCUGAAGAACCGGAUUAAUUACAAGUAUAUGGCGAUAGAAACAGACAAACAUGUAAAGAUGAUGUUUGACAAGUUGGAAAGAAUAUCUAAAGUAAAUGGUAUUAAGUUAUACAUACAGUUGGAGUCAUGUGCAGAAGUUGGUAUCGAGGAAAUCCAACAAACAACCACAAGUUUACAGGUUACAGUUCCGGAUGCUGAAUAUGAGUAUUCUACACAUGUAGAGCAUGAUGAUGUUCAUGCCGAUGAUGAUGAUGAUGAUGAUGACGAUGAUGAGGAUGAGAAUGAGGAUGACGAUGAUGACGACGACUAUGUUGAUGAGACUAUUGCCAUUAACGGUGAAGAUUUUGUCGAUAGAGAUGAGUUUGAAGAGAGGAUUGAACGAGGGGACUUUGAGAGGGACAUUGAUGAUGAUGAGACAUUGGAUGGUAGUAAACCUGAUGAGACAAUGUAA